UUUUAUGAAUCAGUAUGAAGAUGAUGAAGAAACUUUUGAUAUUCCAACAUCUAAAACAAACGCAGAAUUGUAAUAGAAGAAAAACCCUGAUUAAACUGCUAAUAAUAUAUAGACAACUAUCUUUGAUUUCACAUAUAAUUUUAGUUGGGGUUUACUAUUUCUGAUCUUUCGUCAUUAUAGUAAUUUUUGAUUUGUUUAAAAAAGAGAUGAUUAGUCUUGUGAUAUUAUUAAUGCUUGGUCAUUAGCUGCUGAAAUCUUCUUAUUUUUUAUGGCAGGAUUUAAAUUGUAAGGACUCAUUUAUUAUAAAGAUUGAUUGAAAUACCAAUUCUAUAUUAUAAUAGAGGAUCUUAACAAAAUUAAUUAAUAGAUGCAGUUUAGUUUGUAGAGUUAUUUUUGAACAUUCUAAUUUUAGUUGGUUUGACAGUAUAUUUUAUUUAGUUAUUGUUAGUAUGCUUAUUUAUAACAUGAGGAUUGUAUGCAUUUAAGAAUGUUCAUUUUAAUCUAUUUGAUAGUAAGCUACUUUAUUUUAUUCAUAUGGAUUUUAAUAAUCAUAUAUUCCUUUUGUAAUAAAGGUAAAAUAUUAAGAAAUUCAUGA